AUGGGUCCCCAUCACGAUGAGUUCUGGAGCCAGGAGCCCAUCGACUGGGCUGAUGACGUCGAGGAGACAUCUGGGAAGAUAUCCCAUUCUGUCACCAAUGUGCGGCCUGUAUCUAUCAUGCAACCUUCUUUAGGUUCCCAGUUCUGGGCUGCCCUCGGGUCUGUUACGACCUAUAUUACAAACAUGUUUACCGGCCAAUAUCUCCUUAAUGAGGAAGAGGAGGUAACUCCACGAGAUGUGGAGGAAACCAGUGUCAUGGAUUCCCAUGUUCCUACAUCCCGUUCAGUCUUGGACUUUGUCCCUGACGACGUGUUUCGCGGGUGUCUGAUGAUUGCUAGAGACCAGUCUGGUACACCUGAAGAAGUUGAAGGCCCGAAUCCAAUGACCGCCGAAGUCCUUGGUCAACCCCCACUCUCGAACUAUUCCGAUGUUGGCGUGCCACUCACGACCGAGUCCCUUCUUGCUUCAGACGAACUAGAUGGCACUGUUGGGAUGAGCACCCACACCCAGCUAGACCAGCCUACAGAGUCCAUUCAGCAAGACACUGAUCGGCUCAUCUCGACAACCUCCGGCAACUCUGAUAAUCGAUGUAUCGCCGAGGACGCUGACCUGGAUGGCGAAGACAUCAACGCCCAGCAAUACUCACCGGUUGAGAUGGAAUACCGAUGGCGCGAUAUUUGUGACCAAACUGACCCCGGGAUUCAUCACUGGAACUGGCUAGGGAACCCCGUGUAUGAGCGGACCGCAACUCCACCCACUGAUUCACUUGCGUUUAUGCAAGCUGCACCUAAGGUCCCCACUGGUAGUGACGAGAUGCGAAUCAAUGCGAUCAUGAACAGCGCAGUGGAAUUGAUCGACCCUGUGGCAAUGCAGAUUGAGAGCGGAGAAGAAGAACUCCUGGAGAUGCAUGGCUCGGAACUCAUUCGAGUGUGUGAAGGUCGAGUUUCCAACCUGUACUCCCUCAAUGGGAGCUGGAUCUACGAUGACAACAGCGACGACAUUCUUCCUGAUUUGUGGGGGAUUUUGGCUUUGGAGCCAUCUGACUACGUGGUGGGGAAUGGCGUUGUGGGAAGAGGAUUGAUCGACCGGGAUGAGUGGUUCCAGUGGAGAAUGGAACUGCAAGCUCAAAACGGCGCAUCUGCUCACGGCCCUCGGAAUAUGAAGGGGAAUAAGUCUACUCCUUCAAGUCUUCGAAAUGUCCAGCUGAUCGGCGAUGUGGAGACUCCGAACCCUUGGAAAACGACAAGCGUUAUGCAAUCUUUUCCCUCGCAUCGAAGUUCAUGGGUACUACUGCCGCAAAGGUGCGGUUUAUCACGAGAUCUACAUUGUCCCCUCUUCGAAUUGCACCAUGUAUUUGUACAUGCUGCCGAGGAUCAUUGA